CAAAAUAGUCAGUUAAAUGAAUACAUUUAAAUGUAAACUAACAGAAGAGCUACUGAGCUAAGGUACUGGGGCUGGUAAGUAUGUGCCAGGUUUGACAAAGAAACUGAAACCCUCUACAAUGCAAAGAGAGCAAUCUGAACAUCUGCAGUCGGAUUGCCCUAAGUGCACGUGCCAGUUGGUACUGAUGAACUGUCCGAGAGGCACGCAUGCGCAUUACAGCGAUGGGGAUUUCCAGCAGAACACGAAGCUCCAGAGUUGUUGUCCUCCAUCUGUGCAACCACCCCCUGACGUGUCCCUGUUGACCUUGAACUUGAGUGUUUGCCUUCCACCCUGAAGCCCCAAAGAGAAGUGCGUGGACGACCAGCCCUGGUUUCCCCUCCUGCUCCAGCCUGACUCUGCCCUGCUCUGUGGAACUUCUACGUUUGAAACGGUGCCCUGGCAUGCCUGUUGGCAGAGGAACGGACUGCGGGCACACACUCGGCCAGAAAUAAAAACGAACAAACAAACGAGUGCCACCUCAAACCGCUGCCCAUUUCCCCCAUGGAGGCUGCCAGGGCCAUAGAGUUGGCCUCUCACAGUCUGUCUCGUGUGUGUGUGAGUUGACUACGAUGCUGUUGCGUUGUUAAGAGAGACUCCACCUUACCUUCCUCUGCCCCCUCACCAUCACUAGUACAUCGCCCCCCCACCCCACUUUCGUCUUCCAGUGCAGGGGGUCCCCAACAUGGCCGGGGUUGCCUGAGCGUACCUUCCCAGGGAGUAGGGGGAUGAGAGAGGGAGUGGCGCCGGCUACGCAGCCCACCGCCACCCAUGGAUGCCAAGCUGCGCGAGGACCUGUUUAGGAGGUAUGUGGCGUCGCUGGAGAGGCGGCUGGAGGAGGGCGAAGGGAGCAGCGCCAAGGGCGACCGUCCGACAACGACCACAACAGCACACAGCAGCAGCGAGGAGGCGCUCGUCUCCACGGCGACGGCCCUGCUGGGGGCGUACCAGCCGGAGCCGUCGCAGCGGUUCCGCCUGUUGCGGUUCUAUGAGGUGACGGAGAACGCACUGCGCUCGCCCCGGGGUUCCAGCCUCAGGGCUCUGGAGGCGGCCUUCGCCACACUGGAGACGGUCUGCACCAACCUGCUGCUCUUCCCCUGGAAGAAGGAGUUCCGCUGCAUCAAGACCUUCACGGGGCCGUACGUGUACCAGCUGCAGUCGGCCAUGUGCGAGUCGGACCUGCGCUCGCUGCUGCGCUCCAUGGGCUACACGCGCAGCGAGCAGGACACGCACUACCAGGCACGCGAGACUCCCCCGGGCGGAGCCCUCCACCUCCGGCAGCUGGCCUUCGAGCUGCUGCUGGCCCAGGCCGAGUGCCGGCUCCUGGGGGAGGUGGUGGCGCUGGCCCGGGGGGCUGCCACCGAGCUGGAGGCCCUGGAGCUCCGGCGGGCGAGCAGGGAGGAUGCGGCCGGCUGCGCCGAGGCUCUAAGGCGCCGCGAUUCGCUCGCAGCCAUGGACAUGGCGAGGCUGUCGCUGCGGCCGGCCGACAUGGAGCGCGCCGCCACGCCGCACCACCAUCACCACCACCACCACCAUCACCAGCUGCGGCGGUCCGGGCGUCCGUCCAAGUCGGUGGACGUGACGGACAGCGCGGGCCACUGGCACCCGGCCAGCAAGCCGGUGCUGCGGACCUCGCUCAGCCUGCGCAAGGAGCCGCUGUUCGUGGACGCCGAGGAGGAGGAGGCUCGCGACGAGAUCCUCCGGCCCAACGCGCCGCUCUUCUCCCUGGCCUCCACGCCCUCCUACAGCCCCUCGUCAUCCUCGUCCUCCAUCGCCGCCGUCGCCUCCGCCGCCGACUUCUUCCCCAUCCAGUCCCCCCCGCCGCCCUCCUCCUCCGACCCCUACUCCUACCACCUGUCCUCGCUGGACGAGGUGGACCUGUACACGGAGCGCGGCGGCAGCGGCGGCGGCGCUGGCGGGAUGGCCCUCGGGGGCCGCCAGACGCCCUCCUCCUCGGCCUCGUCGUCGUCGCGGCCGCCCAGCCGGGAGCCGAGGGACGGCUGGCUGCUGAAGGCCCACAGCGGGGCCAAGUGCCAGGGCUGUGGGCUGGGCUGCUCGGUGCUGAGCUCGUGCCAGCGUUGCGACACGGUGCUCUGCUCCUCGUGCAUGGCCUGCGAGCCCACGCCCUGCUGCGGCUACCAGGACUACCCCAAAGUGGCCACUGUGACGCCCCCUGCCCUGCUGCGCCAGCUUGACGGCUACCUGCCCGCCAAGGAGAAGCUGUCCGUCUACUCCAACGCGCACAUGCACACACACCCCCACACACACCCUCACGCCCACGUGAUCAGCCACUCACACCUGCACCCGCACCCCCACCCGCACCCGCUGUCCCACUCGCACUCACAGCUGCUGGACAAGCCCAUGAUGAGCGGCAAGCUGUACCCUAGCAAGCCCGUCGCCAUGGUGACGACCUCUGCCCCCAGCGGCAUCGGCGUGAGCGACCGUCUGAGCGUGGGCAGCUCGUCGCGCUGCGGAUUCUGCAACAAGCCCGGGGCGGCGCACACGUGCGUCAACUGCUCCAAGGUGUCGUGCGACUCGUGCAUGGGUCUGUACGGUGGCGACGUGUGCACGCGCAAGACGCCACACCACAGCUUCCUGCCCAACCACCAGCUCAACUUCAAGUCCAGCACCAUCUCCCACCUGGUCUACCGGUAGACACACACACACACACACACACACACACUCACACAUUCUUACACUGUCACACACACACACACACACACACACACACACACACACAAAUAUGCAGGGCCUGGAAUCCUGAACUUCUGUACUGUUUACCCUCUUAUAGAAUCUAACUCCAGAAUAGUCGCCGUCCUUGUUCUGGUCCGAUUCCACAGUGAAAAUGUCCCUGGCCAGGACCAGACGGAUCCCUGAUUCAGCUGCUGUGUGGGCUUCUCUCCAUUUCUCUGUCCCUCCUCUCCUCUUCUCUUCUCUUCUCUUCUCUUCUCUUUCUUAAUUUCUUUUUGCGGGAGCAGCCUCCUCAUAUCAGCCCUGGAAUGUACUUCUAGCCCAUAUCUCAUCGGGGCCAUCACACUGCCUUGUAGAAAUUUAGGCUUGAAAGCAUUUUUUCUUUCUUUUGUGUUUUUUUUUUUUUUUUCUUCCUCCACCAGGCCCUUUCCUCUCUCCAUCUGCUCUCGUUUUGGCCAUGUGAUCUUGUAAUUUGUCCCGUACCUGAAUUCUUGGCCUACUUAAAAACAAGCAACUAAAGAAGAAAAACAAAUAAACAGGCACACAAACACACAACAGCUACAACAACAACAGACAUGACUGACUUUAGCCUCGAGCGGAGCGCUCACCCAGCCGUUUGAAUUUUAUCCACAUAGAUGUUUGCAGAAGACUCU